AUGCAGCCACCAAUCUUCACAAAGCUCUUCGCUCUCAUCACAGUCUUGCUACUAUGGACUACGUCAGUCAUGGCACUCCCUCCUCUCGACGCCGUGGAAGAUCCCCUCGAAAUCAUGAGUCUCAACGCCCGCUCACCGCUCGCCCCAGAGAUCAAUCUCUGUGGCGCUUGUUGUUCAGCAUGCGGUUCCUACUAUUGCUGCGGCAGAGCAGCAUGCUCUGACUUGUGUAUGCAAUGCUGCCGCACCCACCACUGA